AUGGGAAACGCUGCUAAUGAAAAUUGCAAUGAAACGACGAUGAGCAAACUCGGUGAUAUAAUAAAUAGAAUUAGCCCUUUUGCUGCUGCCUUCAAAAUGAUGCAUGAAGUCGAACAAGAAGAAAUUGAUCGAGCCAAGAGAGAGAAACGAGCACCACCUCCACUUCGAAUGAUUUUUUCUAUUAAUCAUGGAAUUCAUGAUCGGCGACUCUACAAUCUUCCAACAGCGAAUGAAGUUGCUGCAGUUUUCGUAGGUGAAGAUAGUGAAGCCCCAACAUAUCGACAUAUUGCCAUUCGUCCAUGUGGUCAAGGUCUUCAAAUGAUUCAAAUUAUAGAUCCCAACUGUGAUCCAAUGACUUAUCCUCUUUUAUUUCCUCGCGGAGACAAAGGAUGGUACCCAGAAUUGGAAAAAAUUGAUCAAUCACGAAAUCGACAAAGAGUAUCAAUGCUUUAA